AUGCUAAUAGACUCGAAUGUUUUGAAAAGCCCUGGUACGUUAGUAUAUGUGAUUGUCCAUCCUGACAACUUCGACACAGACUUAUUACUUUUGCGCCGUGGCUCAUCCCGAUCUGAUAGUGGCCCAUUGCCGCAUGUUCUAAAACCGCUGAGGGGUCUGUAUUUGGCACAUUUCACGUUGAUUAUCGGGAAAAAUGGAAAUCUAGCCAAUGCGCCAUCAUCUAUGAGCUUUUGGAUUAAUGAAUCGGCUUCCUUUAAGACUUUUCGUGAUUACGCCUAUCCCCGGAUCAGAUAUUCUCUACAGAUCGCAGCGCCGUUUCCAAGAUACAGUGCGGCAAUAUAA